AUGAGCGACCCCGUAGCGGAUUUUAUGGCCAUCACCGCCUGCACCGAUGAGGCGAUCGCGAUUCAAUACCUUUCCAACGCGAACUUCGACAUUUCGAUGGCGGCGAAUGUGUACGUCGCGCAACACGGCUCGCCGGAUUACUCCUCCGCGCAGCCGUCGGAUUCCGUCGUUUCCGCGAAUCCCUCCCCCCUCACGACGCCGAUGGGGGAGGCGAUGGAAACUACACGGAUGCCUUUUGCGAUCCCCACCGGGCCGAUUAUCGGCGGCAACGGCGACGGAUGGAGUGGGGAAUGGCAAGAGCUCGACAUGGGCCCUGCGCCGCGCUCGAAUGGGCUCGAAAACGCGGGCAACGAGGCCCUUCGACGGCUUUUUUCCACCCCCGCCUUCGUCAAGAUCGGGAAACCGCUCCAGACGAUCUGCGAACAGGCGUGUAAGAAGGAUAAAUGGGUGCUCGUGGCGAUCCGCGGCGGGAAUUUCGCGAGCGCCUGCCUCGCGCGGGAUGUGUGGAAUUUGGAGGUGAUGGAGGUGCUCACGGACUCCUUGGUUUUCUAUGAGGUGGAUAUCGCGACCGAGUACGGGCUCGAGCUCGCCAGCAGCUAUCGGGUGGAGAAGGAAAACCUCCCGGAGAUCUUCUUGGUUGACCCUCAAACCUUGCAUAAGGAGUUCAAAAUUUCACUUCAUCGACGCGAUCCGAGCAUUAUUGACGGGGCGCGGGUGGUGGAGGAGGUGUUGUUGUUUAUUAACGCCAACGGCUCGCCAACGCAGCGCGCGCGGCGGAUGCUCGGCGAACCCCACGACGACCUCGACAACCCCACGCCAAACCGGGGAAGUGGGGUGGAGGUGGUCGAAGUGGAUCGCGAUUCCAGCACCGCCGAAUCGGCCGGGCGGAAGGAACAAAACGAAAAUCACGCCCAAGGAGAGGCGGAGGCGGAAAAGUCGAAAAAAGCGCCCGAGCGUUCCCCAGUAGAGGUGGUUACCCUCGACGCAUGGCAGCACGAUGGGGGUAGCGGGGAACCUUGCUUUAAACUCCGUUGUCGGUUGCCAAAGUCGAACCUGACGUUGACGUUACGGCCGGAAACACCCGUGCGAGAGCUCGUGCGGUUUUUGGCGUAUCGUGUGUACGCGGAUGACAAGGAAUCGUACGAUGGUUUCCCUUCCGUAGAGGUGCGUGGGGGCUUUCCACCGAAGGUGGUGCCGAUUCCCGAGCGCGCGGUGGAUGCGGUUGGAGGGGAGAUCACCCUCAUGGAGUGGAAUGGAGUGCGGAGUGGGGAAUUGCUAACGGUGCACCUCCAGAAUUAUAAAUCAUGA